AUGAUGAGGUUACAGACUACGAACAUCACUAAAAUAUUAUUCUUUUUGUUAUUGACGUCCCUCCCUGUGGUGAUAAGGGAUCAUAACCAAGAUGGGGAAAGAAGACACCGCAGAAAGCAAAAUCGCAUCAAGAAAGCCAAGGCAAUUGCUCCGCGUCCGGCAGCAGGCCCUCUUAGACCGGUAGUCAGAUGCCCUACAGUACGUUAUCACACUAAAGUCCGUGCUGGCCGAGGAUUUACUCUGAGGGAAAUUAGGGCUUCUGGAUUGAAUCCAGCUUUUGCUAGGACUAUUGGAAUUGCUGUGGACCCACGUCGUCGUAAUAAGUCAGUAGAGAGCCUACAGAUUAAUGUCCAGCGGCUAAAAGAAUACAGGGCACGCCUGAUCUUAUUCCCUAAGGGAAAGAAGGUCCUCAAGGGCGAGGCUAAUGAAGAAGAACGUAAAUUGGCUAAACAACUUCAUGGUUCUCUAAUGCCAGUGCGUCAACCUGCUCCAAAGUCCGUAGCACGCGUUAUCACUGAAGAGGAAAAAGACUUCAAGGCUUACCAAUACCUCAGGGGUGCUCGGUCAAUAGCUAAGCUUGUUGGCAUUAGGGCUAAGAGAUUAAAGGAUGCUGCUGAGAAUCCAGAUGAUGUUACCAAGGCACCAGCAGCUCCUAAAGAACCGAAAAGUAAAAAGUGA